ACAUGACAUGAAAUCAAUGAAUCGGUUGUUAAUGUAUUCACUAUUCAUAUGUUACUAAAGCAAAUUGAGGACAAACCUUGAAAAUGAAGAGUAUUUGUCAACCCUUAGAGUCCAGUGUUUGACUCAAUAUAUGUUUUGUCACUAUUUGUAUGACUUCUUCAUUACAAAUGGAUAUUCAAAGAGAUCUCAUAGACUUCAGUGAUAACCACAUGAAUACAUCAAUGAAUAGUUCAGUGAAUACAUCAAUGAAUACCUCACUAACACAGACAUUGAUGGACAAUGAAGUUAGACGUCCUUAUAGUUCACAUAAUUUCAAAAUAAAAAGACAAUCAAUUGGUGGCAAUGAUGAACACAAAGACACAAAUUGUGGUCAAAUGGAUAAUGAAUUGGUUGAUGACAUUCAUAUGGACACUACUGAAGAUACGUUAGAGUCGUUUGUCAAAUGGUGUUCACUCUCUGACAAUACUAAUGAUAAUAAUGAAGACAAGUGUUUGGUUCACAAACAACACUCAAAUUUGAUGUUUAGUUCUUCACACGAAUCGCAUGAAAUGGGAUUCAAUGAAAUGGUCACCAAAUAUGCAGAUGUCAUCAAAACAGGUAUGAGAAGACCUAAAGUGUGUCAUCAGACAGUUGUUUCGCAAUUAUGUCCGACAUAUCGUCUUAGAAGACCAAAAACAACGGAACAAUUGGUUAUUAACUCAAAUAACAAUUCAAAUAAAUAA